AUAUCCUCACUAAAUGUCAAUGCAGAAAAAAUCAUUAAAAAGUAAUAAUAUCAAAUGUUUAAUUAUUGUAAUGCUGAAAAAUUAUUAUGCGGCAAUAAAAGUCAAUUAUUUCGAAAGUACAUGUCUGUGUAAAAAAAUUGUUUAAUAUCGGUUAACCGCUCGCAAUAAUGCAAAGCACUUUGACGCUGCACAAAACCACACACACACAAAUACAAAAGCAAUGCAAAUAAAUUAAUACGGAAUGCGUCUCCACUUCACCACCAUCCUUAUCAUUAUUCUGCAACAAAUAAAUCGAAUUUUUACUCAGAGCAUACCCAUCAGCCCGUGUCCGAAAAUCUUUCAAUAUCGCUUCGAUGGCGCGGAGUGGUUUGGCAUUCUCUCUGUGCGUAAUACAGACUUCGCGGAAGCUUUGCAAAUUAAAGUAACACUCUCCAUGCGUGGAAAGCCAACGACGAGUUACCUAGGCGAAAUUGAAUUGCUUUCGCGCGGCCAGUUUCACAGCAAUGCCCCGGUCUUGUAUAAAAUCAAAUUUCCCAAAACACAUUUUCCACCGAAGUUGCUGCACGUAACCGCAAACAACCAUGUCAUUUGUGUAGGUCAAUCAGAUCUUAGUAUAUUCGUCACACAAAUUCAGCUGGAGCACACAAGAAAAUUUACAUUCAUCGGCGAUGAUGAGCCGUCAGACACACUGCCGGAACACGCACAAUUCUCCGCUACGCUGAUGGAGGACGAAGAGGAAGACGAUGAUGACAUUGCCUUCUUGUCAACCGAUACGAAAUUCAGUGCGGAACACUUGCCAAUCACACAUGGAGAAAUUGAGCUGAAACACAUGACACUAAACAGCAUAUGUGGGAAAACCAAGCCACAUUUACAUAAUCGAGCAUCGACGUCACCUCUGACAGCACCAGCAGCAAAAGCUGUCAAUGCUAAGGCUCCAACCCUUGCCACAAAUGAACAGCGAUCCUACCAAAAAUCCGGCAGAUAUGCAGCAGGUACUCAAGCUACUACAGCGAGUAGUCACAAUGACAGGUCCGGCAGUCCGCUAGUAAUAUCCAGUGAUGAACUUCCUACACUAUUGUCUAACGCGCCCAUCCGCAUUGUAACUAGCACGGAAUUAGGCGGCUUCAACUCUUCGUUGGCUACUUCUCCACAGCCAUUAUUGACGCGCGGAGCAUGGCCAUGGCUGGCCGCAAUUUACGUGAAUAAUUUGACAUCGCUUGCUUAUCAGUGCGCUGGCACUUUGGUGUCCGCACAUGUGGUUAUAAGUUCGGCGCAUUGUUUCCACUUCCAAAGGCAACACCACAAGGCCAAUGAAGUGCUAGUAUUUCUAGGAAGGCACAAUUUACGAAACUGGAAUGAGGAGCACUCUAUCGCAGCACCAGUGAGUGAGAUUUUCCUACAUCCCGAAUAUGAUGCCACAUUGGGAACAUAUGAUGCGGACAUAGCGGUGUUGGUGUUGAAGAUUCGAAUACGGUUCAACACUUAUAUUCUUCCUGCUUGUUUAUGGAGCGGUGACAGCCAACUUGAGAAUAUAAUUGGGGAGCGUGGCUUUCUUGUAGGUUGGGGUUUUUCGCACACCCACGGGGGUGUUCCACUGAUGGAUAACCAACCCACAACAGCCGCAGUGCCACACAUCACCGAAGCACCAAUUGUGUCAAACGAAGUGUGUUUUGCGGCAAAUCCAAGGAUACGCAGUCUCAGCUCUAAUCGCACUUUCUGCGCAGGUUUGCAAACAUCUUCACCUGUAACUCGAAGUGCUAUCGGGCCCUGUACAGGCGAUUCAGGCGCCGGACUAUUGUUAGAAAGGAAUAAUCGUUGGAUGUUGCGUGGUACAGUUUCGGCCGCUCUACCCGCGCAGCACAAGAAAUGCACCGAUAAUCAAUAUGUCAUAUAUGCGGAUUUGGCAAAAUAUUUAGAUUGGAUCAUGGCAUUUACUCUUUAACUAUUAAUUAUAUAUUUAUUGAAUUUAUUGUUUUAUAAUUAUUCCCUAAUGGGUAUUAUACAAUUUAUUACUAUUUAUUACUAACAAAAUAGGUUUCGUAGUUCUCAUUUAAUUUAUGGUUUAUGAUUUAAGUACUAUCUUCCUUUAGAUAUACAUACAUAC